AUGUCGACCCCAGCAGAACGAGGCAUGGCGGCCGGCUGGAAUGUUAAGCUUGUUAUGGUAGAUGAUGUUGUUGAGGCAGAUCUUCUGACAGACAACUUGAAGACAAUGAAAUCUCGUUCCGUGAGAGACGAUGACAUCUUUCUGUGUACAUAUCCAAAGGCUGAUAUCGAUGUGCAUGUCAUCUCUGCUAUUGCUGCCCCUCAAGGUACGCACUGGACUUGGGAGAUCCUCAACAUGAUUGUGGCAGGGAAGGCCGAGUACGCCAAACACUGGCAGAAUUCUACCUGGCUGGAAUACAGGACGGAGGAAGAACUGGAUGAACUGGCAUCACCAAGGAUAUUUCACACCCACCUGCGUCCAAGACAGAUGCCAAUGCUGUUAUGGAAACGUGGUUGCAAAGUGGUGUAUGUCGAGCGGAACAUCAAAGACUGCGCUGUGUCGUCCUAUAGUCAGGUCAGCCAGCAGGUGUGGAAAGAAGACCCAAGGCGGGAAGUCACAUUCAUUGGAUCCUGGGACGACUAUCUCACAGCCUACCGGGACGGGUGUGGUUCGUAUGUCUUCAUACUUCGUAUUGUUGCUCAAAACUGA